AUGAGUGCGGUGGUGAAAGGACCGCGACCGUUGAUUUGUGGCCCGCCGCGGGGCGAUGAAUCUGGACCGUUGGCGGUGCAGUCGUUGUCGGCGGCGAAGCUAGGUUUUUUAAGGGUGAAGGGAAGCAAUGCGAUUGGAUCCACGUUUUUGAGACCGAUUAAGGCAAUGGAGGACUCUAGCGUUUCUUUGAGGAAUGAUUGCGCCGCCAUUUCUGGUAGAAAUCUGCGCCAGAUGUCAACCAUGGAGAAUCCAACAAACAUUGUGUGGCAUAAAAGCCCAGUGGAGAAACGUGAUAGGCAACAUUUACUUCAGCAGAAAGGCUGUGCCAUAUGGAUUACUGGUCUUAGUGGUUCAGGAAAAAGCACUGUGGCAUGUGCCUUGAGUCAAGGCUUGCACAUAAGAGGAAAGCUGACCUACAUCCUUGAUGGUGACAAUGUUCGGCAUGGUCUAAAUCGUGAUCUUAGUUUCAAAGCAGAAGAUCGUGCAGAGAACAUACGAAGAAUUGGUGGAAAGGACCGAGAUGUCUGCCGUGCAUUAUUUCCUGAAGGGGAUUUUAUUGAGGUGUUUAUGGACGUGCCACUCCAUGUGUGUGAGAAUCGGGACCCGAAGGGCCUUUACAAGCUUGCUCGAGCUGGAAAAAUCAAAGGUUUUACAGGGGUUGAUGAUCCAUACGAGCCACCAUUAAAUUGUGAGAUAGUAUUGCAGCAGAAAGGUAGUGACUGUGUCCCCCCAGGUGAGAUGGCUGAAACCGUGAUAUCAUACUUGGAGGAGAAGGGGUAUCUGCAGGCGUAA